CCAUAACGAAGAAUGCCAAUAUGACACUGACUAUUGUAUUCUGUGUAAGCCUGGACUAUACGGCCCACAAUGCCGACAAGAUUGUAGUGACUGUGAGGGUGGUUUUUGUGAUUUACGUAAAUGCAGGCACGGAUGUAAACCUGGGUAUUAUGAGUACAAGACACAGUCACAGGCACUCUGUCAAAAAUGUCCGUCAGAUUGUAGAUAUUGUAAUGAUGUAAGCACGUGUCGCGUUUGCAAUGACGGUUUUCAUUUGUUUCAAUAUCAUUCAAAUGGAAAAGAUUUUGUCCACUGUCUUAGUUGUUCGUUAGGAUUAAACUGUUCAAGUUACUGUGUUAUUCAAAACUGCAGUAUGUGCAGAGUUCAAAAUGACGCUUUGGUAUGCACAGACUGUCCUGACGGAUAUACAUUUAAUGGUAGUAUAUGCAUACCGAAUACAACAGGCUGUUCUCAAGAAUGUUCUUCUUAUUGUGAUGACGAUGGAAUAUGUUUAGGAAGUUGUAAUGCUGGAUGGACGGGUGAAAGAUGUUCUGACCAGUGUUCAGAUAAAUGUAUGACAUGUGACAAAAGUAAUAGGGACAUUUGUCAACAGUGUAAAGGUGAUUUUUACACUGUAAAUUGUAAUACGACUUGCAAUCCGUCAUGUAUCACAGAAGUAGGCAAACAAACGUGUAGACUAAAUGAUGGAUAUUGUUUGAACGGAUGUGAACACAAUUUCUGGGGUCCUGUUUGUGAUCAGUCUUGUUCUAGCGGUUGUAUUGAUAGCAGUUUAUCACCAAUAUGCGAAAGAAGCAGCGGGGCAUGUAGACAUGGAUGUAACGACGGAUACAAUGGAGACAAAUGUGAUAAAAUUGCUGCUACAAGCAAAGCAACUGUGAAACCUGAAAAUACAAACAAAUCAACUUUGAAAUCUGAAGCAGUACCAACAAAGCAAACACAAAUAUCUUCACAGUAUGACUGUAAAGAAAAUGGUGACUGCAAAAGGAGUUUCAUUGGAGGCUUUUUCUCGGGAAUUGGAGUGUCUAUAGCUAUUGUAGCUGCUACAGUUGCAUUAUACAAACUAAGGCGACGGUAUAUUACAAAGAAGUUAAAGUCACGUCAGGAUUCAAACAAGACUUUUGAGAUGCCCACAUAUUAUAAUGAGGAUGUUGGUCAAACAAAUGGAACACAAGAAGCGGCUAACGAAACCAAUAACUAUGAGAGACUCGGCAAUACCAGGAACACGGAUAAUGUUUACAAUGACUUAGAAACGAGAACAGUGCAGUAAAUAGCCUGGUUCUGCAACGUGUGAAUCAGAAACUGUACGACAACAUUACGUGAAUGUGAGGAAGCUAACCAGUAGGUUGCGUAAGAUCGAGGAUAUACAAAAGUGCCCGCUCGUGUCUAAACUA